GUUUGAUGUGAACAGUGAUGAUGAUGAGGAUGAUAACAUUUACAAUGUUGUCAAAGAUGUUAAGAUUGGUGAAAUUGAUGAUGGCAAAGAUGCGGAGAAGCUGGUGGUAUUAGAAGAAGGGAAGAACAAAAGAAAAUCUUCAGCCAGGGAGAAACUUAAACUGCUAAAAUAUACAACAAGAAUUACAUUCGAUGAAGAAGGCAAUCCUGAUAAUAAAGACAGCGAUGAUGACAAAGGAGGACUGAACAUCAAGCAGGCAUUACAGAGAAUGAAGGAACAGGACAAAAUUGACAAGGAAUUGCAGAGACAAAAAAUUAAACAACAACAUAGGGAAAAACGCUUGAAGCUGAAAGAACAGAGACGCCAGGCAGAACUUGAAAAGCGGAACCAAGACAAACAGAAGAUGAGCAGAGAUUCUGAUGCAGCUUCAGAAGGCAAAUCUGAGGAUGAAGAGACCGAUAAUGAAAAUACUUCUGCAGAUGAAGAGGUC